UUGCUGCCUUAAGGCGCCCAAUUUUAGUGAUCUGCUAUUCUUAGCCCACGCAUGGAGAGAUCAUCAUCCUCUUCAAAGGCCCUAUUCCUCCUCCAGUUCCUCCUGCUCUCUCAGAUUCUGGAAGCACGGAUACUAGGUGAUGCACACGACUACAAGCGCCUUGUCGCUUCGUCGGAUGGUGCAGUGUUGUCUUGGCCACACUUGAACCCGAACCUGAACCUGAAGCUGAACAUGGUCAAUGAUGACGAUAAUGAUGCACUGGACAGGCCUUCCAAGUAUACGCCGCCAGCGCCGAAGCCGGACCCGUCGCCGCACCCGGUAGCACCACCGCGUAAUUACAGUCGCCAACAACCUGAAGCUGCUGGACACCCACCGAGCCGUCCGGCCGGGGAAAAUGAUGGAUAUGCGUAUCUCCAAACGAUAUAAUGACAGUAUAAAAGUUACAUGCAGCUCCAACCACACCAGCGUGUAUGGCUUGGUGACGCUUCCGUGAAUCUUGCACAAAUUGAACCGUGUUCCUUUUUUAGGAAAACGCCACGUGUCUAUUUAUUUCUCAUCCAGCUUACUAGAGGUGGAAACACGAUUAUCGGAUAAGUAUUUCACAGUUUA